AUGCCGGAGAAGCGCAAGGCGGAUGAGAUCGACAUGCCAGAAGCGCAGCCACAGAACAAGAUUAUUGAGGUGGUCCCCAACGCGGACGUGACGUUCAAAGUCGGCACUGGAAAAGAUGCCGUCGAGGUCAAGGUGUCAGGAAUGGUCAUGGGUCUGGCGUCGCCGGUCCUGUCCAGGAUGUUGUUCGGCCAAUUCGUGGAGGCGCAGACGAAGACUGUCAGCCUGCCAGAAGAAGACCCCGAAGCCUUUCUGCAAUUCUGCAACAUCGUCCAUCAUCGACCAGUGAGACUCUACGACCUCACUAGCCGGCAACUGCUAGCAUUGGCCGUGUUGAGCGAUAUGUGGCACAGUCUGGACGUGGUGGGUCCGUGGCUGGACCUGAGGACGCGCGCUGUUCGUGACUCUAUGCACGGGCAGAGGGUCGUCAAUGCCCAGACAAUGAUCGAGUAUCAGUUGAUCGUACCUGACCUAGGUCCCCUUCCACAGACAGAAAGGUUCUGUAUCCGGGACCUGAUCGAGAUCUGCGCAAUUCUUUCCCUUGCGAACGACUUUCGGGCCGCUACUAGGCAUUACCUGGCUGUCUGUUCCCGCGACUCCACAAUGGUCACCAGAAGCGGCAUGACGAUUCCAAGCGUGGUGAACCCCUAUGGGGAAACCGUGUACGGCAAGUGCUUGACCGUUAGUAGUUUGCUUGAUGAGGCCGAUGGCUGA